AUGUCUUUUCCUGUAGAAUUAGAAUAUGUAUCUUGCGUAACCAAAAGAAAAAGAAUAUGUAUCUUGCUUGCUCACCACCAAAAAUAAGAAUAUGUAUCUUGCUCUCACCUACAGCAAAACUCUCUUACAAAACAGCUUCUCAAUUUCUGAAACCCAUCUCAAAUUAAAAUUAACCACCUAAAUAUUUGAGUCUUCAACCUAUUGGUAUCUCUGUUUUAUUAACUUGUUUUCAGUUUCCGUCAUUCUUCCAUUUCAUAUAGAAAAAAAAAAAAAAAAACUGAAAAAAAAAGUAAUCUUAUAUAUUUUAAAUUCAGUACUCACUCUGUUGAUUUCAAAGGUUGGAGUUCGAGAUCAAAUAGCACCAAUUGUUCCGUUCAUUAUUUGUAAUACAGGCAAACUCAAGUCACAAGGAAGAGGAGAAGAAAAGAUAAUCAAUGGAAAUUCUAUCUUCUAUUGUUGGAAUAGUAGCAGAACAUACUGUUGUGCCUAUUGGACGUCAAGCAAGUUACUUGAUAUUCUACAAAGGCAAUUUCAGUAUGUUAUCAGUUCAUGUUAAAGACCUUGAGGCUGCAAAAGAAAGAAUAACCCAUUCAGUUGAAGAAGAAAAGAGAAACGGUAAAAAGAUUGAAACAGAUGUGAUGAACUGGUUAGAGAAAGUGGAUGAGGUCAUUGAAAAGGCAAAUCAGCUUCAAAAGGAUCCUCUUCGUGCCAACGCUAGGUGCUCAGCAUGGUCGUUCCCCAAUUUGAUUUUGCGUCAUCAACUAAGUAGGAAGGCCACAAAAAUUGUAAAAGAUGUUAAUGAAGUUCAAGAAAAAGGGAAGUUUGAUCGAAUUGGUUACCUUCCCACCCUAGAUGGAGAAGCCUCCUCCUCCUCAACAAAAGGUGGUGAAAAUUAUGAGACAAGGGAAUCACUUAAAGAGAACAUUAUGAAGGCACUAACACACCAAAAUUCAUGCAACAUUGGGGUCUAUGGGUUGGGUGGGGUGGGUAAAACCACUCUGUUGCAGGAAGUUUUUGAAAUAUCUAAGCAACGCAAAUUGUUUGAUACAAUUGUUACAACGAAUGUAACAAAAGAUCCAGACAUUAAAACAAUUCAAGGGGAGAUUGCAGAUUUGUUGGGUCUACGAUUCGAUGAGGAGACUAUUCUUGGCAGAGCACAUCGCCUGAGACAAAGAAUCAUGAUGGAAAAAAAUAUCCUUAUCAUUCUAGAUGAUAUAUGGACCAAACUUGAUUUGAAGAAAGUUGGAAUUCCAUUUGGUAAUAAACAUAAUGGUUGUAAAUUGUUGAUGACAUCCAGAAAUCAAGAUGUGUUGCUUCAAAUGGAUGUUCCAAAGGAUUUAACUUUCAAACUUGAACUUAUGAGUGAAAACGAGACAUGGAGCUUGUUUCAAUUUAUGGCUGGGGAUGUGAUUAAAGAUAGCAAUUUGAAAGGUGUAGCAAUUCAAGUUGCCAAAAAAUGUGAAGGUUUGCCUCUUGUGGUAGUGGCAGUUGCUCGAGCAUUGAAAGAUAAGAGGGAUGUUCAAUCUUGGAAAGAUGCAUUAAGGAGAUUACAAAGUGGUCAUCAUACAAUUUUUUCUGCUUUGGAAUUGAGUUACGACUCAUUGGAGAGUGAUGAAAUGAGGGAUGUCUUCUUGCUUUUUGCAUUAUUUCCAAGUCAAAUGGUAGAUUACUUUCUUAAAGUUGCAAUGGGUUUGGAUAUAUUAAAGGAUAUUAAGACUGUGGAUGAUGCUAGAAACAGAAUUAAUCCAAUAAUCCAUUCUUUGGAGGCGUCUUGUUUGAUUGAUAUUAAAACAAGUGGAAAAAUCCAAAUGCAUGACUUUGUUCGGGAUUUUGCUAUCUCCGUAGCACGUAGGGACAAACAUGUAUUUCUAAGAAAACAAUCAGAUGAGGAAUGGCCAACCAAGGAUUUUUUAACAAGGUGCACGCAGGUUAUUUUAGAUAAUUAUAUGCACGAGCUUCCUGAAAUGAUUGAUUGUCCAAACAUUAAGUUUUUCUUUUUGUCCAGCGAGAAUCUUUCUUUAGAAGUCCCUGACAAUUUUUUUGAGGGUAUGGGAAGCCUUAGAGUCCUAGAUUUAACAUCUCUGAACUUGUCUUCAUUACCCACUUCAUUUCGGUUCCUAACCAACCUUCAAACACUGUGUUUGUAUUUUUGCAUUUUGGAAAAUAUGGUUCAAAUUAAAGCUUUGCAAAAUUUAGAAAUUCUUUGCCUUGGGAAUUCUUCAAUGACUAAGUUGCCAACAGAAAUAGGGCAAUUGACUCAAUUGAGAAUGCUUGAUUUGAGCAAUUCAGGAAUAGAAGUAAUCCCACCCAACAUUAUAUCAAGCUUGACCAAACUGGAGGAGUUGUACAUGGGCAAUACCUUUGUUAAUUGGGAAGAUGUGAGUUCAACAGUUCAAAACAAAAAUGCUAGCAUUGCUGAGCUUCGAAAACUACCCAAUUUGACAAGUCUAGAAUUACAAAUUCGUGAGACUUGGAUGUUGCCAAGGGACUUGCAGACGGUGUUUGAGAAGUUAGAACGAUAUAAAAUAACUAUUGGUGAUGUAUGGGAAUGGUCUGACAUUGUGGAUGGAAGCUCAAAAACAUUGAUGCUCAAACUUGGUACUAAUAUACAUUUGGAGCACGGAAUUAAAGCAUUGAUUAAAGGUGUUGAGAAUUUGUACUUGGAUGUUGUAAACGGAAUUCAAAAUAUGGUUUAUCAACUAAACGGAGAAGGAUUUCCGUUGUUGAAACAUCUCCACAUCCAAAAUAAUGCAAACAUGAAGCAUAUUGUUGACUCUCAAGAGAGGAAUCAAAUGCAUGUGUCCUUUCCCAUGUUGGAAACACUAGUACUUCAUAAUCUUAAAAACUUGGAGCAUAUAUGUCUUGGUCCACUUUCAAUUGCUUCUUUUGGAUGUCUUAGUGCUAUCAAAGUCAAAAAUUGUGUCCAAUUGAGAUAUCUUCUCUCUUUUCCGUUGGUUAAAGAACUUUCCCACCUUUCUAAGAUUGAAGUUUGUCAUUGCAAUUCUAUGAAGGAGAUAGUGCUUGGAGACAACAAUUCAAGUGCAUCAAUGGUUUUUCUAUUCCGUUCUUUGACUUUAGAACAUUUGGAGACACUUCAGAAUUUCUUCUCCGGAAAUGACCAAAAGCAUCAAUUGUUAGAUCCUUAUGUGUCAACACCAUUGUUCAAUGCUCAGGUUGCAUUUCCUAAUUUGGAUACUCUUAAAUUGAGCUCACUCAAUUUGAAUAAAGUUUGGGAUGACAGUCAUCAUUCUAUGUGCAAAUUAACUAGCUUGAUUGUGGAGAAUUGUGGUGGAUUGAAGUACUUAUUCUCGUCAACUAUGGUUGGAAGUUUCAAGAACCUCAAACACCUUGAAAUAAGUAAUUGUCCUUUGAUGGAGGAGAUAAUAGCCAAAGAAGAGACAAACAAUGAAAUAGAAGAGGACGUUCAUUUUUUCAAAUUAGAGAAAAUCACAUUGAAGGACAUGGACAAGUUGAAGACAAUAUGGCACCGCCAAUUUGAAACAGUGAAGAUGUUGCAAGUGAGCAAUUGUAAGAAAAUUGUGGUGGUUUUUCCUUCUUCAAUGCAAAAAACAUAUACUAAGCUAGAGAUGUUGGAGGUUACAGAUUGUGCUUUAGUAGAAGAGAUAUUUGAACUGACUUUCAAUGAAAAUGGCAGUGCAGAGAAUACAACACAUUUGAAAGUUGUUAUUGAUGGAUUGCCAAAACUGAAAAAUAUAUGGAGUGGGAAUCAUUACAGUGUUCUUAGUUUUCAAAUUCUUAUAUUUGUAAAACUUACAAACUGUGCAAGCUUGGAGUAUCUAUUACCACUUUCUAUAGCCACUUGUUGUUCACAUCUCCAACAACUUCAUAUAAACAAAUGUGGAAAUAUGAAGGAAAUUGUUGCAGAAGAGAAGGAGAAAGAAUCUGGAGUGAGUGCAGCUCCCACAUUUGAGUUUAAUCAACUAAGUAGUUUAUUGCUUUGGAACAUGCAUAAACUCAAGGGUUUCUAUGCUAAAGAGCAUACCCUAGCAUGUUUAUCUUUGAAGAACAUUAAUGUUUCCAAUUGUGCAAAGUUGAAUUUGUACAGAACUCUAUCUACAAGAAGCUCCAAUUUUCAAGAUGACAAACUCUCCGUUUUAACGCCACAACCACCUUUCAUUGUCGAAGAGGUGAUUUCAAAUUUGAAGGAGUUAAGAGUAAAUCACAAAGAAGCUAACUUGAUAUUGCAAGCUCAAAACUCAAGUGCCCUAUUCACCAAAAUGACAUUUCUUGGUUUGUCCCAUUAUAUUAUUGAAGAUGCUACAUUCCCUUAUUGGUUUCUUCAAAAUGUGCACACUCUUGAGUCACUACGUGUUGAAUGGAGUUGCUUCAAGAAAAUAUUUCAAGAUGAAGGACAAAUAAGUGAGAAGAAGACUUACCCACAGCUCAAAAGGCUCACUUUGUAUCAGUUACAAAAACUUCAACAUAUAUGUGAAGAAGGCUUUCAAAUUGACCCAGUUCUUGAGCUCCUUGAAUACUUAGAUGUUAAGUUUUGUUCCAGUUUGUUAAGUUUAUUUCCUUCCUCUGUCACCCUUCAUCAUCUUGAAUAUAUGGUGAUAAAAGGUUGCAAUGGGUUAAGAAAAUUAAUUACAUCAUCUACGGCACAAAGUUUGCACAAGCUCACCUCGCUGAAGGUAGAAGACUGUAAUUCACUUGAAGAAAUAAUUACUGGAGAGGAAAAUGUUGGCAUUGCAUUUAUUAGUUUAGAAUUAUUGUUGUUGGAUUGUUUGCCAAGCCUCAACAAAUUUUGUUCUAGUAAGUGCUUCUUGAAGUUUCCGUUGUUGAGGGAAUGUCCUCGCAUGAAGAUUUUUUCGGAGGGAAACACAAGCACACCAAAUCUUCGAAAAGUUAAAAUUGCAGAAAAUGAUGAAUGGCUUUGGAAGGGAAACCUAAAUGAUACAAUAACCAACAUGUUUGCACACAAGGUGGCAUUUGGUUGUUUUAAGCAUUUAAAACUAUCUGAAUAUCCAGAGUUGAAAGAAUUGUGGUAUGGUCAACCUCAGCACAAUGUAUUUAGGAGUCUGAAGUAUCUAGUGGUUCAUAAAUGUGAUUUUUUAUCUGAUGUGCUCUUUAAACCAAAUUUGCUAGAAGUGAUAAUGAACUUGGAAGAACUAGAUAUCAAAGAUUGUAAUUCAUUAGAAGCAAUUUUUGAUUUGAAAGGUGAAUUUGAAAAAGAAAUUCUUGUGAAGAAUUUUACUCGGUUGAAGAAAUUAAAACUAUCUAAUCUUCCAAAACUGAAGCAUGUAUGGAAGGAGGACCAACAUAACACUAUGAGGUUUCAAAAUUUAAGUGAAGUAUCUGUUGAGAAGUGCAGAAGCUUGAAAAGCCUCUUUCCGCUCUCAGUAGCUAGAGAUAUGAACCAAAUUCAAAUACUUGAAGUGACUUCAUGUGGGAUUGAAGAAAUUGUUGGCAGGGAGGAAGGAGUGGAUGAGAUAGUUGAAUUUGUGUUUCCUAUUUUAACAUCCAUUGGACUUCACAAUUUGGCCAAACUUAAGACAUUCUUUGCCGGAGUCCAUUCUCUUCAAUGUAAAUCAUUGAAAACGAUCGACUUGUUCAGAUGUCCAAAUAUUGAGCUAUUUAAGACAGAGCCUUUGAGACAGCAAGAAAGUGCCAGAAAUGAUGAGCUCAAUAUCUCAACAUAUCAACCUUUGUUUUUGAUUGAAGAGGUACUUAACAAUGUGGUGGAGAGUUUGAAUAUGAAUUUUAAAUAUUUUGACAUGAUAUUGCAUAGCCAAUAUUCAGGGGUUCAAUUCAACAAAGUCAAUUACAUUGGUGUGAGCGAAUGCUACAAUGAAGAAGCUACUUUUCCAUAUUGGUUCUUGAAAAAUGUCCCUAAUUUGAAAACAAUAUUAGUCAAACGGAGUUUCUUCCGGGAGAUAUUUCAAGGUGAACAACUCGUAAGUACGGAAAAGGAAACUCAAGUUCUCCCGCAAAUCAGAAAUUUGGAAAUAUGGUUCAUGGAUAAGCUUCAAUUUAUAUGCAAAGAAGGAUUUCAAAUGGACCCCAUUCUUCAUUUUCUUGAAAGCAUUCAUGUUCAUCGCUGUUCCAGUCUAGUGAAAUUGGUGCCUUCUUCUGUUACCUUUAAUUACUUGACCCACUUGGAGGUAACAAACUGCAAUGGUUUGAUAAAUUUGAUAAUGUACUCAACAGCAAAGAGUCUUGUCAAACUCACAAACAUGAAGAUUAAAAUGUGUAAUUGGCUUGAGGGUGUAGUCGACGGCAAAGAAGAAGAUGAGAUGCACAAGAUUGAAUUUUAUAGUUUACAGCAUCUAGAACUUGUUUCUUUACCACGGCUCCGUCUAUUUUGCUCAUGUCCAUGUCCCAUUAUGUUUCCGUUGCUGGAAGUUGUAGUUGUCAAAGAAUGUCCUCGAAUGGAACAUUUUUCAUUUGGUGUGACCAACACAACAAUUCUUGAAAAUGUACAAUUUGAUGAAGAAAACCACUGGGAAGGCGACCUCGAUGGAACAGUAAAGAAAUUGUUUGAUGACAAGGGAGUCUCGCAUUCUAAUGUUGAAUGAUAUAUCAUAGCAUUUGCAAGGGAAGGUUUGCUGACAGGAUCGCCCUACUUCGUGGUUCUAGUUUCACUUGGCGGAAUCAUGUUAUUUCUGAUGUCUUUGUAGUUUAUCAUUGUAAUAGGUGUGAUCUAUCUUGAAUUUAGAUUUAAAAAAUUCUUUGUUCUUGUAUUCAAACUACACUCUUUUUUUCUUCAUCAAGGUUUUAUCCCAUUAAACUUUCCUAUUUGGUUUGUACUAUUGUUAACUUGGGUUUUGGUUUAGUACCCCCAAAUAUUUUUAUUUUAUUUUUAAUAAUAUUCAGUUAGAGUUGCCAUUUUGGUUGA